GAGUUUUGGCCGACACUUAAUGAGGGAAAACAGUCGACACAUAGACAACAUUCGUUGCAUAAGUUUAUCCGAACCAUUCAGGACUCGUUCUUUCCGCCUAUUCUACACAUUCCAGUCAUUAAAUUAUUGAAGUCUUUGGCCACGAGUUCGGCCUUCAAUGUCUUCAAUCUCAUCAAAAGCCCGACUCUUCACUUGAGUUCUCAGUUCUCUAUGGAUUACUUCAACACAACUCUCCUUCAAUUCUUUAACACUGUUCGCGGCUCUGAUAAUAAAGAGCGAGUGAACGCCAGCGCAAGCACUUUCGGCUUAUCUAACAUUCAUGUAGUACUGCCCGGACAGCAACGGUUCGCUUCUGGUAUUGAAUCGGAGAUCAUAUGCGCUAUCAUUGAGUUGAUUGAAGUGAUUGUCACAAACGAUAAGACAUGUUGUUUAGCCAUUGCUGAGAAUCUUCACUAUUCGAUAAUCACAUCUUUGGUGGGAAUACUGAGAUGUGCUGUUCCUAAAGAGCUAAAGGCAGCCAUUUUGAACUGUUUAUCCGGAUUUGCUUUAUCUUCAUCUUCGACAGUGAUUGAGAACUACGAGCCGUCAGUGGAAGGACCCAACUCUAAGACGGCUUUCAGUAUCUUCUCGCAGACACUGCAAGAGAGCGGACUUUUUAGGCAAAUAUUGUAUACAUUGGAAGAAAUUGCCGACACUUUUGAUAAACAGAUGCUUUCUGUGAGCUUUGAGAGCGAAACUAGUUUUCCUAAACUUAUAGAAAACUGUGCUCUCAAUGGACUCAGGAUUUUGAAAUUGAUUUGCGAGAAACAGAACGACUUCAUUGAUAUGGUUCACGAGAUACCGGGCUUUCCAUUGGCUAUAAUCGCCAAAUUCGAUGUACUCUUCAAUAACGUGAACCCGAGAACCGGUGCCAUCGAUAGACUAUCCACUCUAAUACGGCUCAUAUAUCUGCCGACGCGGGCGUCCAUUGAAACGCUAAAACUGUUGAACAGUCUCUGCAAAAGCAAUCUCGAA